CGUUUUUAAGGAAUCACGCGCAGUCGAGUUUAGUAGUUACUCAGUCUUUCAUGUUUUUGCUACAGUUCACCUUCACCAGGCUCCCACUCUACAUAGUUUUGAACCAUGACUGAAUCGCAACCCACGAUAUUUCUUUCCCAUGGAGCAGGGCCAUCGUUCUUCAUCAGUACUAAAGAUAUGCCCCAGCUAAAAGGCCUCGAUAAGGAUUCGGCUGCUGCAGAUUUCUUUAAAACUCUGGUUGCCAAGGAGAACCUUCAAGAACCCAAAGCCAUUCUUGUGAUCAGCGCCCACUGGGAGGAACGCGUUCCCACUGUGCAGACGACAAAGAGUCCAAGUCUGUACUACGAUUACCAGGGAUUCCCAGAAGCCACGUAUCGGCUGUCAUGGCCUGCACCAGGAGCACCGGAUGUUGCUCUGAGGGUAAAGACACUGCUGGAGUCGUCUGGUUUCAAAUGCAACACCAACAGCGAGAGAGGUUUCGAUCACGGGGUGUUCGUCCCGCUUGUCCUCGUGUACCCCGAAGCUCGAAUUGCAGUGUGUCAGCUGUCGCUCAUGGGCAGUCUGGAUGUGGAAGACCACCUGAAGCUUGGCGAAGCUUUAGCUCCUCUAACACAAGAGAACGUCCUCAUCAUUGGAAGUGGCUUCACCACCCACGGCGGCAACAUGUUGGAGCAGCCGGGACCAGCCGCGCCCUGGACGCUAGAGUUCCAGUCUUGGCUGCACGAUGUACUCACGACCCCGCAGUACACGGCAGACGACAGGAAACAGAAACUCAUUCGUUGUAAAACAAACGAGUUUUUCCGUCUAGCCCAUCCGAGGAUAGAACAUUUUCUUCCCAUAGUUGUCACUCUGGCUGCUAGUGGUUACAGAGCUGGGCGGGUGUUAUUUUCUGAAUUCUUUUCGAAAGUUGGAAUUCUGGAACACUACAUGUUUUGAACUAUCCGUUUAUUGUGUUAUAUAUAAGUAAAAUUUGAACUAUGGUUUAAAAAAACCACAAAAACAAAACAAAAACAAAACAAACAAACCCUGUACCAGUUCGAGGAUAUUUUGAGGCCUUGUGCGACUUUUCAUGUUGUAUGCUCUCCUUAGUAACCAUGGUAACUUGUGACAAUGUAAUAGUAAUACUAAACCUUAAUCAAACAUGUGUUUUGUUUAACGACACCACUAGAGAACAACGAUAAAGCAUCGGCUUUUUGAUGUUUACUAUUAAAUAUUGGGAAUUCUGACACGUGGUCUUCAGAGCAAGCCUGCUUAGCAUAAUAGCGAGUUUGAUUUUUUUUUUACACUUUCUAAAUCAAGUAUUACAAUAGACCUCUGUCACAUUCCACUGCGUAUGCCCGUGUUGCGGAGCAACUCGUGUACGCUAACCGUGAACUUACGCGAGAUCUCGCAAAAAUAGCCCUGUGUACAAGUGUUUUUUGUUUUUUUUUUUUUUUUUUGGGGGGGGGGGGGCAUAAACAAUG